AUGGACAGGCUUUUUGUGCUGCUUCUACUUUCUGUUCCAACGGCUGCGACAAGAGGCUCUCAUUCUUUGUGGUUGGUUGCAACUUACAUUGAAGGACAAACACAAUUUCCCCAGUUUAGUUACGUGUUGAUGCUAGAUGACAUAAAAGUUCUGUAUUACGAUGGUGAGACAAAGAACUUUAGCAGAAGAGGAGAUACAACAAAUGAAGAAAAUGUGUUUGAUUCGAAAGAGCUCAUCGACAUAAGUGACAAAAUAGAAGCAUCAUUUCAGGAGAAAUGGGCAGUAGCAUCAAAAACCUCAAAUAAAACUGGGGGUUCUUUUGCAUUUCAAAGACUGGUUUUGUGUGAGCUAAAGGAUAAUGGUGAAGCAGGACAAAUGAUCACACGAGAUGCUUUUCAAGGUUUCACAACAGAUGAGCUGCGAUAUCUUGAUAAUAAUUUUACAUAUCAAGGUACUUUAAAUGUAACAGCUCAGGAGUUGAAAUGGCACCUUGGCAUCUCUAUGUGGCGUCAUGAACAUUUUUACUACCCAGUCUGCAUAAAAACUCUCAAGAGUUAUCUUGAAAAAAGGAGAAAUCAAGUUAAUAGAAAAGUGAAACCCAAAGUCAGGCUUCUCCAAAAAGAUCUGUCUUCUGGGUUUUGGGUGACGUGUCUGGCAACAGGAUUUUAUCCUCGACACAUCAACCUGACCCUGUUCAGAGAUGGACAGCCUGUAUCUGAUGAUGAGAUCACUGGAGGAGAUCUGCUGCCCAAUGAUGAUGGGACAUACCAGAUGAGGAAGACUCUGAAAAUCAGCAAAAAAGAACAGAGAGAGAAACACAAAUACACCUGCACUGCCACACAUCUCAGUCUGGACAACAAACUGGACAUCACUUUGGCGAAUGAUCAUGGGACAGUAAAACCAGUGCUCUCCUUGAUUCUAGCAGUUUUGGCAUUGGUUAUUGUGAUUGUUGCUGCUGCAGUUAUUAUAUGGAGAAAGAGAUAUGCAGUAUCUGAAGAACAUCUUUACAAAGAAUAA